UCCAUCAAGAAGACAUUGACCCACAGACGCCACAAAGUGUGAACGAGGCUAACUUUCGUAUCAGAGUACCCCUCAAUUUUUGCAGCUGCUGCUUCCUUUUUAUUGUUUCCUUCGCUUGGAGAAGAACGUUAAGCAGACAAAGGAUAUCUCUUUUUCUUUCCAAAGAAAAUUUAUUAUUCUCUUUUGCACAAUUCAACUCCAAAACCGGAUCUACUUCUUCAACCGCGUCAUUCAUUUCAACCUUCAAGCUACGGAAGAGCGAUGAACUCAUGAUAUUGAUUAGCAUCUAAAAAUGUUUAUUCUUCGUCACCAUACAAAUCUCGCUAUAGUCCUCACUAUCUUCAUAGCUUGCACAACAAGAGCACAAAACCUCACCACCUGCAAUGGCAAAUGCGGGGAGCACACCCUUCAGUUCCCUUUUGGCUUCUCCCAAGGUUGUCCAAUCCAGCUUGACUGUUCCAACGACCAAGUCCAACUUCGCAGCGAAUUCGGUGAAUUUCUGGUCCAAAACGUAACAAACAGCAACAUAUUCGUAAAUCUCCCUGCAAAAUGCAACCGUACCAUGGAAUCAAUUCAGCCAAUUUUUACUGAGAAUUUUGCCCCAACGAUUAACAAUAGCUUUCUGGUGCAAGAUUGUAGAGAGGUGUUUGGUGGGUGUGUUAUUCCUGCUAGUUUUGUGAGCAACCAAAUUGAUGUUGAGAACUGCAGCAACAAAAGUGCUAAUAUCAGUUGCUUUUCGAAACAAGAUGAAGUUUUUGUGACGUACGCUGAUUUGAACGGGACUAAGUGUAAGUACUUGUUCUCUGCGGUUUCUUUUGGGCAGAGCAAGGAGAUUCCGCUGCAGUUUCAGGUUGUUGAGUUGGGGUGGUGGCUUCCUGGGCAGUGCGAUGAUCAUCAAUGUUCUAACAACGCUACCUGCACAACGGUCGACAGGGUUGGGUUCCGGUGCCAGUGUAUCGAAGGUUUCACCGGAGACGGCUUCAAAAACGGCAUCGGUUGCCGGAAAGCUUCGGCUUCAAGUUGCAGUGCUUCAACACUAACGUCCGGUGGAUGUGGGAAAGCAACUAAAAUCGGUGUUGUUGUUGGAGUAAUCACCACUGGAGCUUUGGUGGUGGCUGGUCUGUUUCUUCUAUGCUACUGUGCCAGGCGGCGUUCUACUUGGUUGAGAAAACAUACCAUGGUAAAGCGCCAAUUACGCGAAGCUGCAGGCAACUCUAGUGUACCUUUCUAUCCCUACAAAGAAAUAGAAAAGGCGACAAAUUUUUUCUCUGAGAAACACAGGCUUGGAACUGGGGCAUUUGGUACAGUUUAUGCUGGAAAACUGCACAAUGAUGAGUGGGUUGCUAUAAAGAAGUUAAGGCAAAGAGACACCAACAGUGCUGAUCAAGUCAUGAAUGAAAUCAGGCUACUUUCUUCAGUGAGUCACCCGAAUUUAGUUCGCCUCUUAGGUUGCUGCAUAGAGAAGGGAGAGCAUAUCCUUGUUUAUGAGUUUAUGCAAAAUGGAACACUUUCUCAGCACUUGCAAAGAGAGAGGAGUAAAGGACUACCGUGGACAAUAAGACUUACCAUUGCUACCGAAACUGCUAAUGCUAUAGCAUAUCUCCAUUCUGCAAUUCAUCCCCCAAUUUACCACAGAGACAUAAAAUCUACUAAUAUACUCUUGGAUUAUGGCUUCAAAUCUAAAAUAGCCGAUUUUGGGCUUUCUAGGCUUGCAUUGACAGAAACAUCUCAUAUCUCAACCGCCCCACAAGGGACUCCAGGUUAUGUCGAUCCCCAAUACCACCAGAACUUUCAGCUUUCUGAUAAAAGUGAUGUCUACAGUUUUGGAGUGGUUUUGGUAGAGAUAAUAACUGCCAUGAAAGUGGUUGAUUUUGCUCGACCUCGAAGUGAGAUUAAUUUAGCUGCACUUGCUGUUGAUAGGAUUAGGAGAGGUGCUGUAGAUGAGAUCAUAGACCCCUUCCUUGAACCACAUAGAGAUGCUUGGACACUGUAUUCUAUUCAUAAAGUGGCCGAGCUUGCAUUUAGAUGCCUUGCUUUUCAUAGUGACAUGAGGCCUACUAUGAUGGAAGUAGCAGAAGAGCUAGAACACAUUAGACGCAGUGGAUGGGCAUCUAUGGAGGAAACUCUCACGGCUUCACCGAUUGGGUCCACUAGUUCAUCACCUCGUCAUGGAAGUGAGAAGUCACUGGGUGGUAUCAAAAAAGCUCGGCAAGGCCAAGGGAGUGAGAGAUUGAUUGUUCCGCAGAAGACGGAGAGCUUUUUGCAAUCUAUGGAGGUGAAGGACAGCUCCCCUGUAUCAGUGCAUGAUCCAAUUCCUUGGUCAAGUGGACACAGCUCACCUUCAUCAAACAGCUUGUUGGGAAAUGUCAUCCCUUGACAUAUACAUACUUGGGGUCUAUAGCCUCCAUCAAUGUGAAUACUAAAGGCAUAUAGCCCCUUGCUUUCCUCGUUCGCACUUGUUGCUAUAGGCCAUAGCUAUUUUUGUGUAUGAUUAUCAUUAGGUUUCUGCUUUACUAACAGCUUCCAAAGAUUAUAUGCAUAAAUCAUCAGUAAUCAAUAUGCAUAUUCCCUGUGCAGGCAGGAUCAAAACUACAAAAAGUUGCUAACUUCCUAUGUAUAAUUGUGAAAAACCACCUUUGGCUACAAUUGUCUAUUUAGUAAUAGCAGCUAAAGAUGAAAAUGCGCAAAA